AUGAUGAUGGUUUCUCAGUUCACAAUGUUAAACCAUCUGAAACCCUACAAAAAUUCAUGGUGUAUUCGGGCAAAGAUACUGCAUACUUGGACUAAUUAUUCCAAGGAUGUUGGAAUGUCAUUUGAGAUGGUUUUGGCGGAUCAAGAUGGUAACAAGAUCCAAGCAGGGGUAAAAAAAGAGGAUGUUACUAAAUUUAAGAAACAUCUUAUAAAAGGAGAUUGGAAGAUCAUUGAAGAAUUUUCCGUCACUAAAGUCACUGGACAAUAUUGGUCAACAAACAAUCCUUACAAAAUUAAUUUUUUGUAUACAACAGAGGUUUCUCCUUCAGAACCUAUGUCCAAUAACAUUUGGCUUGAUUUGGUUAACUUUAACAAAAUCAACCAAGAUGUGAUUAGUCAAAUGGUAAACGUCAGAGAAAUAGAGCUGUUAGAUGUUCAAGGAACCCCAAGGAAGAAGAUUGAUUUCCAAUUACGAGAUGUUAAGAAUAACAUCUUAAACUGUACUCUUUGGGGAAAAUGGGCCGAUCAACUGAACCAAAUAUCUAAAGAAUUGGUUGGUGGGAUGGUCAUAUGUUUAAUUCGAUGGGGCAAAGUAGUAGAGUACAAAGGUGUGAGGAGUGUUGCUUCUUCUUUUGAUGCAUCUGAUGUUUGGUUUAACCCAGACAUACCGGAGGCAGUGGAUUUCAAAAACCUGUUACCAUCGGAUGGUCUUGCCGUAUCCAUUUUGGGACCUAAACCGAGAUUGAAAAACCGGAAAAUAACUGAUCAAAUGGCAAGUCUGCUUCCAUUGAGAAUAGUUGCGGAGCUGAUGGACUCUUAUGAGCCUGAAAAUGUUCGCAUCAAGUGUUCAAUCCUGGGAUUUGACACUGACUGGUCAUGGUAUUACUACUGUCAUGUGACCUGCAAUAAAAAGGUAGGAAAGAAAGCCGGUAUUUCUACCGACAAGAAACAAGUCUAUGUUUGUCAAAAAUGCAGGCUAGAAGUGACAGAAGUUGUUUUAAGAUACUGGCUACAUUUGCUAAUAGAGGAUAGCACAGGACAAGCGAAGGUAUUCUUAUUUGAUAGUUCUGCGAAGGAAAUCAUUGGGCAAGAAGUCUCUGAACUCAUGGAAAGCUGCGGGCCUGAGAUAGACGACCCAUGUUGUCUACCGGAUGUACUUAAAAAACUAAUAGGUCAAAAAUAUCAUUUUGCCAUCUCAAUCGGGAAAGACAAUAUAACUAGAAGCGAUGAUGAGUACAAAGUAGAAGAAGUUUUACCUUAUCACACAUUCGAUGAUGAUUUGUCUGCUACGCAUUCACAAUGCCCAAUGGAACUAUCUACAGUUAGUUCUACAGACCAGGUUUUAAUGCUUACUAAUAGUGAAGAGAAAUCAGACAGCACAAUGAAUUUGGUGGCUACUCCUUCAUCAAAACGAAAGGAAGACUGCAGUGACGAAAGAAAUCAGUCAUCGACAAACCAAAAAAAAACCAAGGGAAGUAGCGACCAAGAGAUUAUAGAUGAUACCCCGAAGGUUGCUGAUGGUACCAAUCUCAUGCAAAAAAUACAAGCUGUGGCUGACAAUGAAGCACGUGAUUCUGAAGAACUAAAGAAAAUCAUGAUGAAGAAAGUUAAGAUUGAAAAGAUUGCUGAGUUAAAGGAGUAG